UGAAAUGCACCAGCGGCAGUUCCACCCCUUCUGAAGGUACAGCCUGACGUCUCACAGUUAAGCCUGAGCAGCUGCUGGAGCUACAAAGUCUUUCUUUCCUCUUCUGUCCUCCUCAGGAUGGGUGUGAUACAGCUUCCCACCUUGUCUAGGAUCCUGUGUUUUUCUUUCCACGUUAUUGUCAUUCUGCUUCAACAGACUGCUGCAGCACGAGAACUGAAGUUUGUGGUCGUACUUUUCCGACACGGUGACCGAACGCCAAUUGUGAACUUUCCAACUGAUCUACACAAAGAGAGCGAAUGGCCCCAGGGAUUUGGACAGCUCACCAAGACUGGAAUGCAGCAGCUAUUUGAACUCGGACAGUACAUGAGGAAACGAUAUUCCAGCUUCUUGAACAGCACAUACAACCGGCAAGAGUUUUACAUCCAAAGUACAGAUUAUGAUCGCACCAUUAUGAGUGCCCAGUCAUAUCUUUCUGGCCUCUUUCCACCGACUAGCAGCCAAAUUUGGAACCCUGAGCUUCUCUGGCAACCCAUUCCAGUCCAUAUUUUUCAAAAAACAGCAGAGCAGAGGCUGAACUUCCCUCUGCCCAACUGUCCCCGUUUUGAUGAACUUCAGCAUGAAACACAAACAUCUAAAGAAUUUCAAAGUAGAAUACAACCAUACAUGGAUUUUUUGCAAACAAUGGCAGUUAACACAGGGCUUGAACUAAAUCACCUUAAAAUACUGGACAAUUUCCAGCUGUGGAAUACGUAUGACACUCUACAUUGUGAGGAUAUUCAUAAUUACACUCUCCCUGUAUGGGCCACUAAAGAUGUAAUCAACAAGAUGGAAAAACUGGCAGAAUUGUCUUUACUCUCAUUAUUUGGGGUUUAUAAAACAGAAGAGAAAUCACGACUACAAGGAGGUGUCCUUGUGAAUAUUAUUUUACACAGUAUUAAACAAGCUGCCAAUUCUUCAAAACCAACGAAAAUGGAGGUCUACUCUGCACAUGACACGACAGUUGGGGCCCUCCAGAUUGCUCUCAAUAUUUUCAAUGGAAAACUGCCACCAUAUGCUGCUUGCCAGUUUUUUGAACUCUAUCAAGAAAGCAAUGGGCAAUUUAGCAUCGAAAUGCAUUAUCGGAACGACACUUCAAAGGAUCCUUAUCUCCUCACUUUGCCAGGGUGCACCUCUUCUUGUCCACUUGAGAAGUUUGCUGAACUAGUUUCUCCUGUGAUUACAGAAAACUGGUCAAAAGAAUGUGGGAAGAAAGACAAAAUGAAAGAUAUUUUUAUCGGAUUUAAUGUUGCUGUUGGCUUGUUGUCCGUUUUUAACCUUGUACUCCUCUACCUCCUUUAUCAUUAUGGACGCUGCAGGAGCAGAAACAACUACCAAGACAUUUAAAGUGGAGGCAAAAAAGUGAAAGUGAGAGCAGCUAGACAUCAAGGAAUACUUGAAGUUGCUGAUACCCAUCAGUUUGCUCUGGUCAAAAUAACCUCCAAAGCAUAUUCAAUAAACUUGAACAACUGAGGUAUCUGUGGCCUAAACUUCUACACAUCUGCAGUGAAAAAUACUGUAGAAACAUGUUAUUUCAGGAAUUACUGGAUGAAUGGAAUUACUCCAAUUUAUAUCUUUAGUCUACUACUACUAUUAAUCAAUCUUAUAUCAAUCACUGGGGUGAAGGAAUGCUAUUGCCUAUGUUUUUUCUUUUAUAUUGCCUAUUACCAUUUAGCCCUCUGCUGCUCAACAAGCCUUUCUCAAAACUGCAUUCUGUAAUAUUUACCUUACUACCUAUAAUUGGCUAUUUUGCUGAUGCACAGGAAAAUAGUUUUAGUGAGCAGAAGUUGCAUUACUGUAUGAAAAAGACUCAUUCCAGCAUUUGAACAUACUGUUCCUGCACUUAUUAAUGCAAAUUUAUGCAUGAGUUUUGACCUUGUUCUUCAGCUAAUAAAUCUUCAGCCUGCUCUUUAAAGGAGAUACACCUCUACAGCUCUUACUGAAAUUAGUAGAUCUGGGAUCAUCUCUGUCACAUAUCCAGGCAUCAAGCAAGAAGCUUAGUGCAACAGCAUCUUGGUCCGUGUCUGUGACUUCAAUAAUAUGGAUAAGUAAAUAUAUUAAAAUCUAUUUUUGGUUGCUGCACUGUUUUCCAAUUUUUCUCAGCUCCCAGUCAUGCAUGAUCCUUUGCUCUGCAUUUUUUUGAGCCACUCUUAGAAUAAUUCCUCAAGCUAUCACUCUCUUCGUUAUCUUUUAUUUUAAAUCACAAUAAUUCCUUUAAUUCUUUGCUCUGUUCACAAUACUAUUUGUUAGCAAGAUGUACACUAAAAGUAAGAAAACAAUUAUUCUGCUUUUUGUAUGUUGAUCUCUUCUGUGCAAUUUAUUUUGUUUAGAUUGUAAGCUUCUAAUAUCAGGGAAUGUGUUUCUGUAACUGCUCUUGAGUGUCACAAACUAUAUGCAUAAUAAGGACUAAUAUUGCUGUAUGAAAUCCUGCUUAUUGUCAUAUGUUUCAAGACUGAAUCAAGACGUUUUCAUCCUGUAGUCCUGCAGAGGAUACUGUGAAUUACAAUACCUUGGAGAAGUCUCUUUAAAAACCAAGACAACCAUACAAACAGGUGCCAACAGCAGGGUCAGCCCAACAGGUAUAAUGUGCUGAAGCUAAUGUGUCCUGCUGAGAUUCAGAAAGAAAGAAAGCUGAGGGAUGGAGCUGCUUAACUCAGACAGAGCAUCACAGCAAUGUGAAUACACUGCUUCUGGACUGACUUUCACUCACAUUCUGUGGGUUGCAAUGUGGAGCCCAGGAGCCUCAGUAAACUAUUACUGAGAUAGUGAUCUAGAGAUCAGCCCUCAAUAUUACAGCUGAAAUGUGAUAUAAUUAUAUAUAGUGAUAUUAAAUAUCAUAUAUUAAAUACCAUAAGUCAGAGUAACAAAUGUUUGUGGGAGUAUAGCACUUCUCAAACAUUGCAUUUCUUGUAAUAACUUCAGCGACUGAAGUGUCCACCUUUUGAAAAUUACUUCUCACUCAGUGAAAAGCUUUUAGUAGUAUCCAUGACAUUUCCAUUUUAUCUAUUUUAGGAAAUAUCAUCAUGAACUGGUGGAUUUGAGUCUUACGUGUUCAGGAUUUUUAUUUUAUAACAUGUUGAUGCAAAGCUGUCAAAAAGAUGAAAGGCUGUCCCUAAAUCAGAUGGUUUAGAUGUACAAGCUUCAGCUUGCAACUAGUCAUUUUUAUUCUCAUAUAAAAACUUGAAGGAAUAUCUAUAUUUCAGUCAAAUGCAUUAAAGCAGCUGUAGGAAACAAGCCUGAGUUGGCUUGGUUACUAUUUUGGUUACUAUUAGAAAUGUACUCAAGGUGGGAGAACGUUCAGAACAAACUGCAAAACUCAUCCUGGCUCUUGUAAGUGCAUAUAUAUAUAUAUUUAUAUAUAUAUAUAUACACAGUCAGUGGUUACCUGAUACUGAGCUACUGAGCUCUGCAUUACCACAUCCACAAUGCUGCUGGUACCCACUUAAGGAUAAAUUAUGUUUCUUAUUAGAGGAAGUCAGAUGCUUGACAAAUGAAGAUGUAUUGACUGAUAAUGUGCAGUAAGAACCAAUUUUGAAAUAUUACAAAAUCAGUCGAUUGCACUCCUCAAGAAGCAAAAUGGGACAUAUUUUUCCAAGAUUGCGUCUUACAAAAAGAAGUUGAUUCAGACAGAAAUUAUAAUAUUAAGUGUCUGAGACAUCUUGUAUGGUUUAGGCUGCCCAAGCCUAAGCUCUAACAAAGAAUUUCAAAGAUAAGGCAAAUUCUUAUUCCAGCAGGAGUUGUCAGGAAAGUGUUUUAUUGUAGGGACACCUUUUUUUAAGAGAUAGUCAUACUUGAAAAUGCAUAUGUACUUUCAGAAAGGAUCCAGUGAGCACAAGUUA